CAUUUGACAGUAAUUUGUUGAAUGUUUGACAAUAAUUUUAUAUUUAUUUCUGACUAACGGGAUUAAUAGAAUGUGUGGCAAGUUAUAAAGCUAACAGUUUGGAAAUUAUUUUAGCCAUUUCUGUGACAUGUCAUAAAUUGUAAAACUGAAUAUAGUAUAUCAUCAGUUUUUAUUCAAGAAGCGGCUUAAGCAUGUGCGCCGAUUUUUACAUACGUUACUACGUGGGCCAUAAAGGAAAGUUUGGCCACGAAUUUUUGGAAUUCGAAUUCCGACCAGACGGCAAGUUGCGAUAUGCUAACAAUUCAAAUUACAAGAAUGACACGAUGAUCAGGAAGGAAGUGUACGUCCACCAGUGUGUCAUGGAGGAACUGAAGCGUAUCAUUAUAGAUUCCGAAAUAAUGCAAGAGGACGACUCGCUGUGGCCGCCUCCUGACCGUAUCGGGAGGCAGGAGUUGGAGAUCGUAAUCAAGGACGAACAUAUAUCGUUCACCACCUCGAAAACAGGUUCCCUGGUAGACGUUAGCCAGUCCAAAGAUCCUGAAGGUUUGAGAUGUUUCUACUACCUCGUUCAAGAUUUAAAGUGUUUGGUGUUUUCUCUAAUCGGACUACAUUUUAAAAUUAAGCCUAUAUAAUCUAUGUAUGUAAUUAUUGUAUUAAUUAUAUUUUGUACUACUUAAUAAAUAAUAAAACUCCAUUUAUGUAUUAAUAU